CCUAUUGGGUCAGCGCACGAGCCUCCAAGAUGGCGGCAGAGGCAACCUGCGGCUCGGGCGCGGCGAGUACCAAGUCUGUGGCAGAGGCAGCCCGAAAGAGCAACAUCACCAGUUUCCAGAGGAGGGGUCCUAAAGCCGGUGGGACUGAGAGCAGCGGCCCUCGAUUGGUGUCUAUUGCGGGCACGCGACCGUCGUUGCGGAAUGGACAACUGCUGGUAUCAACCGGGCUCCCCGCCCUGGACCAGCUCUUAGGUGGAGGUUUAGCUGUUGGAACCGUUCUUCUGAUUGAGGAGGAUAAAUAUGAUGUUUACUCAUCGUUGCUCUUCAAGUAUUUUCUGGCAGAAGGACUCAUCAAUGGGCAUGUUUUGUUGGUUGCAUCUGCUAAAGAAGACCCUGCUAACAUUUUACAGGAACUCCCUGCACCAUUACUUGAUGAUAAUUAUAAAAAAGAAUUUGAUGAAGAAGUUCGCGAUCAUCAAACACCCGAAACUAAUACUAAGAUGAAAAUAGCUUGGCGAUACCAGUUGUUACCCAAGAUGAAGACUGGACCAGUAUCAUCUUCAAGAUUUGGUCACUAUUAUGAUGUAUCAAAAAGUAUGCCACAAGAACUACUGGAGGCUUCAAAUUGUCAUGGAUUUUUUCUUCCACAAAAAAUGUCUUCAAAUCUUAAAGUAGAACCCUGUUCUUUGAUUCAUGGCUACACAAAGCUGCUUCAGUUCAUCCAGAACACCAUUUAUGAGGAAGGAUUUGAUGGAUCCAAUCCCCAGAAAAAACAGAAAAACAUUUUAAGAAUAGGAAUUCAGAGUCUUGGUUCACCUUUAUGGGGAGAUGACGUUUGCUGUACGGAAAACUGUAACAACAGUCACAGCCUUACCAAGUUCCUCUAUGUUCUCCGAGGUCUUCUAAGAACCUCUCUGUCAGCCUGUAUCAUCACAAUGCCAACACAUCUUAUCCAGAAUAAAGCAAUUAUUUCCCGUGUUACAAACUUGUCAGAUACAGUGGUUGGUCUGGAAUCUUUUAUUGGUUCUGAGAGAGAAACCAACCCAUUAUAUAAAGAUUAUCAUGGUUUGAUUCAUAUUCGGCAAAUUCCUCGGCUUAAUAACUUGAUUUGUGAUGAAUCAGAUGUCAAAGACUUAGCUUUUAAAUUAAAAAGGAAGCUAUUCACCAUUGAGCGACUACAUUUGCCUCCAGACUUGUCAGACACAGUGAGCCGCUCAAGCAAACAGGAUCUGGCAGAAUCCGCCAAGCUGCUGGGCCCAGGCUGUGGCAUGAUGGCCGGAGGCAAGAAGCACCUGGACUUCUAGGGAUUCCUCCUUAGUCAUUGCAUGCAGAAUUAUGUGACACUCUAAUUAUGAUUGCUAAUAGCUUAUGUAAAUAUUUUUCUUAAUGAUUUGACCCUCCAGUCCUUAAAAAACACAGUGAAGAUUUCAAAAGGGGGCCACCAUUCUCCUUUUUUUAACCAACUAUUUGUACAGACAUAAUACAAUAGAAAUACUUCUAUUUUGGAAUUUUGUUUUUGCUAUGUUCAGAGAAAAUAGAUCAUUUAUUUUUAAUAAAUGGGGGGAAGGUCAAAAAAAUCAAAAU